GGGGUUACUGGCAGAAAGUAGCAGCACUUUUUCUGGGUGAUUGACUGAAGGAGACCUCGUGUGACUCCGAGCGUCUCCCUCAGUCCCCCUGGUAGAGUUUAAUGUAUCAGACGCAUGUGUGCUGUUUGGUACCGCCUGGAUCUUUAUUUAUAACCGACCAGAGAACUGGAUGAGACGCGCACACGAGCAGAGACGAUCCCGGAAAUAACAUGCGGACUCUCCGACUGUCACGUACGCUCACUGAGAGAUCUGCAUUGUAGGCUGCAGACAGACAGUAGUAGAUCUCUACAGCCUACAUCAUGAUCAUGAUUCAAACCAAUAGAGAGGAUUAAAUGCUGCCCAGGUUGGUGAAAUAAAAAGCAAAAGUAUCAGAGAGGACUUCGGACAUGAAACUUCUAGUGGCUGUGUUGGCAAACAUCCUCUCCAUCAGAGACAGAGAAAGCAGCAGCAGCAGCAGCUCGGCGAGAAAAUGAAGCUCGGACGUGAGCUACGUGCUCAUCCAGCCGAUGACGAGGUGAAAUGGAGAGCUGCUUGGGACGCACGGACCUUUUAAACAACCCAAGCUGCUCUUCUUCUUCAGCCUCACAGCAGAGAGAGGAGGAGAGGGAGAGGAGGACGAGCGGCCAGCAGCAGCAGCAGCAGCAGCUCGUCUCCGGAGCGACAGACAUCCAGCCAAAGUACCGAGCGGACAUGGGGCUGAACGGGUUCUGCGCGGCGCCGGUCGGGAUGAGUCCGACGGCGGCGGAGUUACUGGCGGGUCUGGCCUCUCAGACCGACUCUCCAGCGAUUACAACCCCGACGAAGCAGUCCAAAACCGGCGUGCCGCUCUACAACGCCGGGGUGGUGUCUCCCUCCGCCACCGUGGAGGAAGGGAGCCACGGUUUGGCUCACACACCGAGCGGUUACCAGGUGACAGGAGGCGGUUACCAGGUAACAGGAGGCGGUUACCAGGUGACAGGAGAUGGUUACCAGGUAACAGGAGGCGGUUACCAGGUGACAGGAGGCGGUUACCAGGUGACAAGAGAUGGUUACCAGGUGACAGGAGGCGGUUGCCAGGUGACAGGCGAAACCAUGAUGUACCCCUUAACCAGCAGAGCCUGUCUGGUGGAGAACGGUGACCAGACGGCUCAUGAGAAGUGCCCUUUACUGAUGAGGUGGAUCAAUGGUGACCUGAAAGCCAGACCGGUGCAACAGCAGAAACGCAGAGGCGGGGAGAACCGGGAUACGGGGUCAGGACUCACAACGGGGUCACCGGGGUCAGGGAGUCCCGUGGACCCGGUUUUCGCUGCUUCGGGAGACUCUGACUUUAAGCGGAGAAGGUUGUCAGAUGGAGGAGGUGUCGCUCACAAACCUUCAGAGGCCUCCUCCAGGGUGGCCCAAGGAGCAGUCGCCCCGCUCAUGGAUGCAGUCAUCAGUUCCCAUGGCAACCACAUGACUAUCAAUCCCUGUGUCACCCCCCAAUCUCCCUUCACCCCUCAUACUAACCAGCACAACGGACACAAAGCGGCAGCCUCCUCGGGUUCGCCGGCCGCACCCAGCCAGACCUCGCCCUUCGAGGCUAGCUGUGUCCUGACCCUGCCGCCUCCAGCGGGUGCCAGCUGGUCGGCGGAGCACAUAGCCCAGCAGUGCAUCGUCCCCUGCAUGAAAUACUACGGCAUCUGCGUGAAGGACAACUUCCUGGGCCCUCAGCUGGGCGGCAGGGUCCUGGAGGAGGUGGAAGUCCUGAACCACAGCGGGAAGUUCCGGGGCGGGCAGCUGGUGAGCCAGAAGAGCAUUCCCUCUCGGAGCAUCCGAGGCGACCAGAUCGCCUGGGUGGAGGGGCGGGAGCCGGAGUGCGAGAGCAUCGGGGCGCUGAUGGCUUACAUCGACGAGGCCGUCAUGCACAGCGCCGCCAAUGGACAGCUGGGGGACUGCGUCAUCAAUGGACGCACUAAGGCGAUGGUUGCUUGUUACCCAGGGAACGGGGCGGGGUACGUCCGCCAUGUUGACAACCCGCACGGUGACGGACGCUGCAUCACGUGCAUCUACUAUCUCAACAAGAACUGGGAUGUCAAGAAACAAGGAGGGUUGCUGCAGAUCUACCCUGAAGGCAAGAAUGUGGUAGCCAACAUCGAACCCCUGUUUGACCGGUUACUCAUCUUCUGGUCCGACCGCAGGAACCCACAUGAAGUAAAGCCAGCGUACGCCACUCGCUAUGCCAUCACAGUCUGGUACUUUGAUGCCAAAGAGAGAGCUGAAGCUAAAGAGAAGUACAAAUUGGCUACAGGACAAAAAGGUGUUCAAGUGCCUGUCACCCAAAACAGCAGGACAUAAAUCUCAUCUGAUCACCGGAGAGCACCCUGAUAAAAGUAUUAUGUGCCUUCCUGAACUGCUAACGGACGUCGCAAUCAAAAAAAGGGAGACACCGCCAAACCGUCAGUCAUCAAGGCAGCGCCAUGCCAACGCUGUCAGAUUCACGUCACGGACUGUCAUGUGAUGUUUCCCUGCCAUGCGAUCAAAGACAUGGCAGAUAUAGAGCACAACGGACUGGAUUGUGUGGGAAAAGUGAGAUCGUGGGAAAAGAAGAAUCACGUAUGAAGACAACAAACUGAAAAAAACAGACUCUUUAAUUUAAUUUUGUUGCAAUUUUGCCUGUUCGGUUACCAGUGAUGUUGUGAGUAUUGAGAAAUCAUUGUUUUACUCUG